UGCACUACCGACAGCAUCAGCACCGCUGCUGGUGCUGCUUGCUGUUGUGUGGACUGUGCGCAUGCGCCGCGUAGUGGAAUUACUGCACUGGCCAGAAUAAGUUGGAUCUCGUCUGUCUUCACAGAAAUACAAAAAUCAAGCCAAAAAAAAUUAUGACAAUCCUCAGAAUGGGGAAAAAGAGGUAUUUCGGAGUUUGGACGUUUCCUUUAAUAGUUGCCGUGGUGUGCGCACAAAGUGUAAAUGACCCUAGCAAUAUGUCACUGGUAAAAGAAACUGUGGAUAGACUGUUGAAGGGAUAUGACAUUCGCUUGAGGCCAGACUUUGGAGGUGCCCCCGUGGGAGUGGGGAUGAACAUAGAUAUCGCCAGCAUAGACAUGGUAUCUGAAGUCAACAUGGACUAUACAUUGACUAUGUACUUCCAGCAAGCGUGGCGGGACAAACGCUUGUCCUACUCAGAGAUUCCCCUCAACCUCACCUUAGAUAACAGGGUGGCGGAUCAGUUGUGGGUCCCAGACACGUACUUCCUGAACGACAAGAAGUCCUUCGUCCACGGAGUGACGGUGAAGAACAGGAUGAUCCGUCUGCAUCCUGAUGGAACUGUACUCUAUGGCCUGAGGAUUACCACCACUGCUGCUUGUAUGAUGGACCUGAGGAGAUACCCUCUGGAUGAGCAGAACUGCACCCUGGAGAUCGAGAGCUAUGGUUACACCACAGAUGACAUUGAGUUUCACUGGAGAGGGGGUGACACUGCUGUGACAGGCGUAGAGAGGAUCGAGCUCCCUCAGUUCUCCAUUGUUGACUACAAGCUAAUCUCCAAGAAUGUCGUCUUCUCCACAGGUUCUUACCCACGGCUAUCAUUAAGCUUCAAGCUGAAGAGGAACAUUGGCUACUUCAUCCUGCAGACCUACAUGCCUUCGAUCCUCAUCACCAUCCUCUCCUGGGUCUCCUUCUGGAUUAACUACGACGCCUCGGCUGCAAGAGUGGCUCUGGGCAUCACAACUGUACUGACAAUGACCACAAUCAACACCCACUUGAGAGAGACGCUUCCCAAGAUCCCUUACGUCAAAGCCAUUGACGUCUACCUGAUGGGCUGCUUCGUCUUCGUCUUCCUCGCCCUGCUCGAAUACGCUCUGGUCAACUACAUCUUCUUUGGAAGGGGCCCACAACGCCAGAAGAGGGCAGCCGAAAAAGCAGCAACGGCCAACAAUGAGAAGAUAAGGCUGGACCCAAACAAGGUCUCACCAAGCCUUCACCCAUAUACUCAUGUACCAUCUCACCAAGCCUUCACCCCAUAUACUCAUUGGCUGGUUGGGAACAUAGUCCAGCGAGAUGACGCUUUGUUUCCCAGAAUGAAACAGAGGGACCUAGGCGGUCAUGACACAAUGUGGGAACCCAUCUUCAUGGAUGACGCAGCAAUGGGGCUAGGAGAGCAGAAGAACAAGUGUGUUUCUGUCCCAUUUCAGAUGGACUCUCAUGAGAACAUUCUCCUCACCCCUCUGGAGAUCAAGAACGAGAUGGGUACGCCGGAGCUCACCCUGAGCCUGGGCGACCCUCGGGGCACCAUGCUGACCUACGACAGCUCCACGCUCCAGUACCGGAAGCCGGGCCUGUCACGCCACAACUAUGGCCACAAUGCCCUCGAGCGGCACAUGGUCCAGAAGAAGGGCCGGUUACGAAGGAGCGCCUCCCAGCUCAAGAUCCGAAUCCCUGACUUGACAGACGUGAACUCUAUCGACAAGUGGUCAAGGGUUCUCUUUCCGACUGUCUUCGGAUGUUUCAACAUGAUCUACUGGCUUUACUACAUCAACUAAACAAGGCCAGAGAAAUGUGUAUCACUUUUUUUAAUGUUUUUGCUGUCUAAUUUUUCAACAGAAGCAAGACUGAACUACUUUAUAAAUAUUUAUCAAAAUCAGGACUAACUCCUUUCAACCUUGGAACACCUUAUUUGCUGGCUAACACAUGAAUACCUUAGACAUGAGAGAUUAAGAUCAUACGGUGCCUGCUGCAAAGAUGUUGCUUAUAUUUACCUUAUUAUAGUUAAUUAUAUACAGUAUAUUAUUCUGUGUAUGAUUGAAGAUUUAUAUAUUUAUGUUUGUUUCAGUGUAUUAUGUGAUUAUUAUUAUUUUCUGUUUAUUUUUGGUUGCCAAAAUUAUAUUAUAGAUUUGAGAUGGGAUUCAUAUUAGUCAAAUCAGAUGCAGACGUGAAAUGCAGACUCAUCAUUUUCAAGUCAAACAAACCAGUGCUCAAAAAGUAGCUGUUCCCGUCUUAGUUUUACAACCCUAAGUCUGCAUUUUACAGUUUGCAACUUACAUCAGUUUUUUUCUAAAUGCUUGGGCAUAGUUUGAACAUUGCAGCAUUUCCAGUGUCAUUCAACAUAAUGACCUACCUUCAGCUCAAAUGAAUACUGCCAAUCAAUGAUACACCAUUCCAUGUAAAGAGUCACCAAACAAGACUCUCAAUAGAAUACUACUUUGGCCUUUAACCACAUGUAAAAUACUAGUUCAUUUAUUCCAUUAUGAUAUGAAAAGGUAGUAUAGAAUACUCAGACCAUUAUAUACCUAUUUUAUAAUACAUUAUAUGUAAGUAUUUUAUACCAUUAUGUAACUACUAAAUUGAAUUAUUUAUUUUCAAGCAUUAUUUAAAUUGUUACUUUACUAGAAUGGAUAUACAUGUAUUAAUGAAAAUUUAUUUAUAUUUUAGAAAACCAAAUCCUCAUAUCAUUCCAGUGCCCCAGAACACAACAGAGGAAAAAUGGAAGAAUGUGGCUUUCAAGAGUCUAGAAUGAGAUUACAAAGUUGUGUAAAGGUAGCACUGCCCGGACGGUUAGCUGCUGUUUAUCUGAACAUCAAGAUUUCAUACCGGACAAAUAUUUGGGCCCUAAUUUGAAUGAUGCACAACGGCAGGCAACGUGCUAAGGCUAAUUACUAGGAAAAAUAAUUUUGCAACACCACAAACACAAUCAGAAAAUGUUUUUGUAUUUAUACAUAGAGGAGGAAGCCAUACCAUUUCUUUAAAAUUUCUAAAAAUAUAGUUGACAAAUUCUUACAGUCAUAUUCCUCUAUACAUUAAAGGAAUACAUCAACGUUUUGGGAAAUAAGCUUAUUAUUGGGUUAGACCAGCAAGCCUAAAGCUCGCUUUUGCUAACUGGUCUAACCCACUUUCAGUGAAUUAUGCUAAGCUUGGCUAACAGUGUCAGACUGGGUUAUUUGAAUGCACAGGAAGGAGAAGGACAUGUGUCUUCUUCUAUAACUUUGAAGUAGACGGCAAAUAAGCUUAUUUCUAAAAAGUUGGGUAUGUUCCUUUAAAGAGUGUUUCUAUUUACUCGACUUGAUUGGACCCUGCACUGUGUCACUAAAUUACCAGAAUAUUGGUAGCCUACCACUGCCUGUUAUGAUUGUGUGGUUGCUACAGUGUUUAAGCCUGUUCAUGGCUCACAUUGCUGUUUCAAAUGAGGGCCCCUUGUCUGUUCAGAAAAUAAAUCCUUGGUCUCUGGUGGGGAAAUGACGGUAACAUAGCAUAACAUAGCUGUACCCUGUAUUUUAACAAGCACAGUCCCACAUUGGGAUCCAACCCUGCAUCCUAGGGCAUGAGAGACAGACUUGCUAGCUAGGAGGCAAAAAAACAAUGGCAGCUAGCAUCAGUCAUUAGCAUGUCUCUUAUGUCACCAGUGAGUAAAGUUUACAAACCACAAAGCUCUGUACAUGUUAGUCUCUGUUGUAUAGCUAAAUAUUCCUAAAGUUGACCAGCCAACUAGCAAGCUCUUUCUAAUAGUAUUUUGUCGGUUCUCCUAAAUAAAUGCAAAUGAUGGUAGCAUGUCUACUCUAACUUCAGAGAUAUUUGGCUAUACAUGGAUGACAUUAUUAUAGAAGCAGCUUGACACUGCCCUCAAUCUAAACCCCCGUUUACUGGAGGUGAAACAUGUGGUGUGCUUGGGUCUAAUCACCUUCAACAUAUCCAGCUAAAGGUCUCCUCUCAAAAAAAACAAAACAAUACUGCCUUUAAUUUAAACCAAACUAGCUUUUGGUGAAAAAUUAAAACAUUGUAGGCCUACCUCAAUGUAUAAGGGGUACAUUGAGAUGGAUGAAACAACAGAUACCUAACAUGCCUCACACUUAGUGUGUCAUUAACAGUCACCUCCACACAGCAUGCUAAUUAUAUAGGAUGUGAAUGCCAGGUCAUCAGUUGAUCAUUAGCAUACAUUAUACAUUAUUAUCUAUAACUGGUGACACAGAACCAGCAGUUAAAGCAUAUUUAUCAAAAUAAAGAGAUAUCAACAGCAGUCAUCUUUCUUUCACAACAACCUGUAAAUAUAUAUUGUAAACGAUUGUUAACUGUAUGUGUACCAGAAUCUUAUGUGACAAUUAAUUUUGCAUAGCUAUGUUUACACAGAGAUGAAAGGUUUCUUAUUGAUCUGCAGUGUGAAUGAGUGAAUAGAUGAAAGUGACUCAUCAUAUUUAUAAUAUUUUUUAGCACAUGGCACACUUUUUUUCUUUAAUUCUGGUAAUAAUUAAAACAUCAAAAUGUUAUAUGUCAAGAGAAGCUACAAGGAGAUAAAAGCACAACUUAAGGUAGUAAGUGAUAUAAGGACAUAUCCUGAUUGCUCACAAUAUCUUUUUUAUAAUCUAGAGUCUUUUAUCCCUAAAGUAUGUUUGGUUGCCUGCAGGUUUUCCCAGGUGCUGAUAGUCCCACUAUCAACUGUGUGUUCUCCUGUAUGUUUUAUUAAACAAUUUGUACAACUCAA